GCGGCAAGCAAACCGACUCACUUGGCUUAAGAAUAAAAGUAGCCGCGCAACAACUCGCAAAUUUUGAAAACGCUUCCAAGACCUGAGAUUCAUCGUCUUUUAACGAUCUCUGCUGUCCGUUUCUCUUCCUGCCCCCCCCCUUUUUUUCUCUUCCAGAACCCAUCUCUCCCAUGCUCUCUAACGAUUUCACUUUAAUCCAUGUGCUUGUGCUUGUGGAUCUCACACGCGUUUCCCAUCAGGUUUUUUAGAUGGAGAAAGAAGUAAAAUCUUCUUCCAAUAUGCGUCUAAAUUCCAUCGAAGGUGGAGCCUCAGCAUUGGGACAGUCUAAGAGAACUGGGAAGUUUAAAAGAAGUAAAGUGGCUUCUGUUUUCCACCUAAAUGUGGAGAAUGCCUCUAAUUGGUUACAGAGAAAUCAAUCGAGGAGUACUGCAGCUCCUAAUGACUCAGAAGAUCUUAGUGACAUCGAUGAUGCCGAGAUUGCUGGAUACCUUGUUCACAAUGAGAAAGAGAUGGAAUUCAAAAGAACCCUUUGGGAAAUGAUGAACAAGAAAUAUUUGAAGCUUCAGUUUUUGAUAUUCUCUAUCUUGGGGCUUUAUUGGCAGGGGAAACAACUGAAAGGAGCUAGAAAGGUAAAGAAAAGAACACCUUCUAAGAAAGCCAUUAAAAUUGCUGGCCAGACACAGAAUAAGAAGAGAUCGAGUUCGAAAAUCAACUAUGAUGUCUUGAAGAAGCUAUUGGAUGAUGAGCCUGAGGAGGUUCCUGGAAAGGUUGAAGACAGCAAACGCUCUAAUGCCAGUUAUGCUGAUUCACAGCAGGUGGACGAGAACUCCAUCCCUGAAGGACACAUUUCUGGUGCUAGUGAAGAAAAUGACGAGCACGAACAUGAUUAUGGAGAGACUGAUGCCGGCAACAAUGACUACUCCAAUGAUGUGUAUUUUGAAAAUGAAGAGGAUGAUUAUCACUAUGCCGAGGAUUAUGACUGAGGCAUGCUAACACAGAAUUUUUUUGUUGAUUGUAAGAUUUCGACACAUUCAUUCAUUUAUGGUCAAUAUUCACUGGCUACCAUUAGUCCUUUUGGUUU